UUUCAGCGAAUUUAUACACCAUUUAUAAAAACGCUUUAUAUAUUUAUGGAAAAUAUUCAGUAUUUAAGCAUAUUAGUCAUUUUUCAUAUUUUCUUCUACAAUAAUGUUGAAUGUUAUUGCAACUUUAACAGUUGUGAUGAUUCACAUAUUUCGCUAUGUAAAUUUGAGACUAAUGAUCCAGUAAACCGUUGCAUCGAUUAUGAAAAAACCGUUAUAACAAGCAAAGAUAAACAAGAUAUUCUGGACAAAAUAAAUAGUAGACGGGAUAAAGUGGCAUCGGGCGAUAUACGUUCUUUACCUUCUGCUGAAAACAUGAUGAAAAUGGUAUGGAGUGAUAGUUUACAAAAUUCUGCGCAAAAAUGGGCAGACCGUUGUUUGCCAUUUAAAGAGUUGGACUAUAAAUACUGUGGAGAUUCGGAUGGCGUUAAAAUCGGUCAAAAUAUUGCCACAGUGGUCGGCGACUCGCCCGGUCUGACUCCAGCGAUAUUAGUGGACGUGUGGUAUAUGGAACUUUUGAACAUGAAUUCUUCAUUAAUAUCACGAUAUCGGCAAUCUAAUCAAACCCGUCAGCAUCAUUACGACUACUUCACACAACUAGCUUGGGCAGAAUCCUAUCAAGUAGGAUGCGGUGGAGUUAAAUUUAAGGAUUUAACCAAUGACAGAAGGAACAGAACUAUCAACAGAUUGGUUUGUAAUUUCUCGCCAACUGGUAAUCAAAUUGGGCAAUCGGUUUAUCACGAAGGUUAUCCUUGUUCUCAUUGUCCUUUUGGCGGUUCCUGCGACAUGAAAUAUAGGUUUUUGUGCAAUGCUGAAUUUCAAGAAAAUACCAAUGGAAAUAUAAACAACAGUGAUAAAGAAGUUUUUAGUAGCAAUUAUAAUAAUGUUACAAUUAAUACAAGAGGAAAUAUAACUAACAAUGAACAGCCAAUAAUUACAGACAAAUAUUCUAACGCUGUUCUUGAAACUUUUGGGUCAGAACAAGGUGAAGAAAACGUAACAGGAUUUGAUUAUUUUGCUCACAUGUUACGCUUUACUAGUUCUACUGAAAAAGCGACAAGUCAUUUAAAAACAUGCAAAGAUGUGAUACCAGUUGAUGAUUUUAUUGAAAUAUUUAAGAAGCGUUUGAUAAAAGAUCAAAUGUUGAAACAAUAUUUAUUGGCAUCAAAAGUAUUGGAAGGGAAGGAAAAUCUUGAAAAUGGCUACAAAGAUGCCACUGUAGCUGAUAUUAUAAAUCAUAUUCAUAGCACUAAAACAACAUCAACGACACCUAAACCUACUGAACCGGAUUAUUUUAACUCGACUUUACUUGCAAAUUUAGUCGAGGCAGUGAUUUUUAGAAAUAACGAUAACUCAUCCACAAUAGAUGCUGUAGAAGAUACUACUAAUUCACUGUCAGAUGUUAGUGCUAUAAAAAUUAAAGCUGAAUAUGGAGAAGUUUUGACCAAUUUACAUUCAACUGGACAUUAUUUCUUUCCUGAAGACGACAAUGAGCAGAAUACCAAUGAAACAACAGAAUCGUAUUACGAUAAUACUAGUCCAGCUGUUUCUGAUAUUGUAUUGGAAAUACAGGAAUUAAAACGAGGUCAAGGAACUAAAGACUUUUUGGAUGAAAUUAUUGAUUCCGAUUUCGAUACAGAUAAUGUAACUAAUUCUGAUUUUCCGUCAUCUACAAUAUUAAAUUCCGAUGAAAAUGAAAGUGAGAAGAUUUUAUCAGAAAAUUUCAAAAUUACUCUAACAAAGCUACCUUGGAAGAGACGUAAACGAUCACCACUAAAGGGACAAAUAGAUAUGAAGUUUACAAUAAGUGACAAAAAACGGAAAAGAAAAAGUCACAAAGCACAAAAUAGUGAUGAAGUUGUUCAUGUAAUUAAUUACGAGGAAUUUUUAAGAAAACUUGCAUCAGAUUUAGGUGCCCUAAAACUAAAUGAGCGAUUUCAUUGUACCGGAGCAAUUUCUAAUUCGGCCAAAAAUAACUCAUUUUUUGUCACAUGGUAUUUUAUUGUUUUAAAUUUAAUUUUAUGAGAAGAUAAUAAAUAAUAAAAGCCCAAU